GACACUCAGUUCACCAUGGAACUGGCGGCCACGGAAUCUGAAAAUUUACCCAAGUGUUACGCUUUGGAUAUGACUAGAAACUUCAUUCCAAUGUCUCUGUUUGCUGAGUCAUCACAAGGGACUUUAUCCGUGGAGGGCUUCAUAUUGGACAAACUUGACAUGAAACCCCAUAACGAGAACCUUGAGAACUAUGGGAAACUUUGCCGCGAACGGACCAAAAAAUCUAUGAAGAGUAGAAAGAUCCAGGUGAUGAACAAUGACAAUGGGGCUCAUAUGAGACCCAGGCCUGGGAUGAUGAUCGGUUUUAUGUCUCCUGGACCCAGCGAGAAAAAGAAAAUGCCAACGAAGGGGUCAGACAUGAAAAGAACAAGGAAGGACCGCGGAGAAAUGGAGGAUAUUAUGUUUAAUCUCUUUGAACAGAAACCAAACCGCACGUUAAGGCAACUGAUCCAAGAGACAAACCAACCAGAACAAUUUUUGAAAGACAUACUCAAGGACAUCUGUGUGUACAACAACAGGGGAGCUAAUCAAGGGACGUAUGAGCUGAAACCGGAAUACAGGAAAUCCGUCGAGGAGCAAACUCCCGAUUAGGUUGUAUGAUAUAGAUUUAGUCCCUUUUCGGGCAGAUACCUCUCUAAAGUGAUCAUUACUAGUUUUGUUUCUUCUUA